AUGAAGCAGAUAUUGGAAGGUCGAUCUCAACAGAAGAGGAUGGUUGAAUCUCGUUGUACUGCAGCCAUUUGGCUUUUAAACGACGGUGGGAUUGGUUCAGUCCACGAGACCUCCUCCCUCUUUUCGGGUGAAAACGGGUUGAGCUUACGUCGAGCAUAUAAUGAGGGAGGUCUCGUGGAAUACGUCAAUCUCAACGUCGUCUAA